AUGAAUGCGCUAACAUCAGACCACCCGUCAGCAGAAGAUUGCAGCAGCAGCAACUUUCAAGAAGCAGCGCGACGACGUCCUCCACUGCCACCACCACCACCACCACCGGCACCGUUUGCGACGUCGUCUUCUUCGCCCCCUCCAUCAAGCACGUUAUCGCUAGCUGUGGCAAACAACCCGACACAACACAACCAUCAUCAUCAGCACAGCGCCAGCCAGCUGCGACGUCAGCAGUUUCCUUCGGCGGGUCGCAAAGCACAGCCCCGCCAGCGUGGAGCAGCCAGUGGACCGUCUGCUUCCCCGGAACGACAACAGCCCCACGAUGACAACCCGGCGGGCAGCGGAACAACGGCCGCAAGCGUAGUGACGGAUCGGCCACCAGCGGCGGGCAAUGGUAACGUGGCAGCAACGGCGACGGAUCCGAAGUUCGAACAACCGAGUGAUAACGGCGGACAGUUGAGCGGUGGACACACAACCGUGGACGAGAAGACUCGCCGGUACAAUCGCAUCAGCAUGAUAAUCAUUUACGGGCGCGAGGCGCUCUGCAUACUGGCCCUGAUACUGACGACGUACGCGACGAUCCAGAACAGUCCGCCCAAGGUGUCGAAAGCACCGCCGGCGGUGCCGUUCUUUGCGAAGGGUUCGCUGGUGAGCGAUUGGCCGACCGGGGCGCUCGGUACGACCCAGACGCGCGUUUCCGUGUCGGAACUUUCGCUCGUACUGUACUACGCGCCGUGGUGUGCGGAGAGUCAGUACGCGCGCCAUGCGUACGAGCAGGUGGCACAGCUGUACUACCGCGAGGCACACUUUGCCGCCAUAAACUGCUGGCAGCCGGGUGGAGAGUGUCGCCAGCGGUACACCAAGGUACAGUCGUGGCCGGUACUGAUGGCGUAUCAGCCGAGCGGGCUGGCCGUGCAGUAUCAUGAGGCGUGGACGACGGCCGCCCUGUCGCGGUUCGUACAGUCGCUCAUGCUGCCGCUGCACCGGUUCGCCAGUCCGGGUGAUCUGAUGGAUCAUAUGACCGGGAAGGAUGCGGUGGUGGUUGCAUUUUUAGACGUCGGUCUGGAUAGCAAAAUCUACCAGCGGUACUACCAAGCCUCACUGAAAUGGCUCGAGAAGGAUCCGUUCCAGGAGGUAUCGUUCGGGGUCGUUACGGGCGAAUCUGCCCAAAUGUUUGGCGUAGAGAUGGUCCCCUCAAUCCGCCUGUACCUUUGGAAUGAAACUAUUGAAUACGAAGGAAAUAGCCCCCGGUGGACACCACAAGACCUAAACGCCUGGAUCCAAAAGCAACUGCACGUGGUCUCGCUGUGGGUAUCCCCGCCCGGCAACAUAAAAUCAUUCACCCUCGACCCAUACUUUCGCCAAGGGCCGGCACUUAUCCUUUUCACCCCCCGCCCGCUCUACGAGGACAGUUGCGAUGCGUACAUGAUGCUGCGCCAGCUCAGCAUGCAGUACUACAACUGUCCCGGGGACGCCUGGAUACUGGAAAUGGCGCGCGAGUACAUUGCCGAACAGCGUGCCGCCAAUGUGGCACGGUACGAGCAGAAACGGGAGCACUGUGCGCGUGUACUCGGCCGUCAUCCAUCCCAGGACGAUGAGGACGAUGACGAAUCGUCACCCGGGAACCGUCGCAAUCGGUGCAAAGAUGGUUUCAAAUCGACCGUCUCGGUAUCGUUUGUGAACGUGCUCAAUACGUCAAAGUUUGUCGACGGUAAGCCGGUCGGUGGGGGAAAACCAUCGUCUGCAGGGGAGUACUGUGACAUAGCGCCUGCGAUGGACUGCGCCAAGCACGAAGAGUGUGGUGCAUUCGGACCGGAAGGGCCCCGCAAACCUAGCCUUAUGUGGCAAUCACGUGAUGCAUGUACCGGACGAAGACACAAUGAAGCGGAAUCGGGCUACGACCAGGAGCAAUCGAGUGCAACGUCCAUGAUCGAUGCCGAGCAUGAUUACCGUGGUCCGAAGCUGCUUACCCGACAACGCGUACGCCGUCAGUGUGAGCUGUUGCAGCUGGCCGAAGCGGAAAAGACGAACGUGUUCUUCACCGAGCCGGAAAGACAGAAUGAAUCGAUGGAUUACUACGCCGCGAUCGGUGGACUGUCCUGCAAGAGCAACAAAACGCUCACCUUCCUCAGCAUGGACAGCAAUCUGUACCACGCGUUCGGCGAGCGGUUGGGUGUGGAUGUGCUGAACGAACCGAACCGUACCGUGGCGUUCAUCGUGGACCAUACCGACGAGUCGGCGUACGCGCUGCGGGAUCCGAUCAAUCUGCACACACUGUCGAAAUUCGUGCACGACUACUACAACCGAUCGGUGCAGCGAUUUUUGCGCUCGAAAGCGACGACCUACGCGCACACGCACGCGUUCAACGCGGACAGGUACGUGGAGCAGGAGCGGGGCUAUCUUGAAAUGCAUAGGAAAGCGCUAGCCGAAGCUAGAGCUAAGGCGGAAGCGGAGUCAAAGCAGCGAAAACAAACCGUGGAAGCGACGAACAAGCAGACAAAGGCCGGAUCCAAGCCAGAGCCUACUCCCACAUCGCCACCCCCCGAGCGAGCCCACACUGCUGCGCCCACUUACCGCCGGGUGCGGGAGAUUACCUCGAGCAACUUCCAGCGCACGGUGCUCGAAUCGAACCGUACCGUCGUGGUUAGCUUCUACUCCGCCCAGUGUGCCUUUUGCUACAUCCAAGCGCACCAUCUGCUCACCGUGUCGCACAUGCUGCGCCAUCAGCCGGGCCUGUGGUUCGUGCGCAUCGAUGGCGAGCUGAACGAUCUGCCCUGGGAGUACACGAUGGAUGUCUUCCCGUCGCUUAUCAUCUUUCCGCGUGGAAGAAAAGCGGACAGUCGUAUCUUCCCCGAAACGUUGCAAAUCAACGUACCGAACCUGAUCGGCUUCAUCCUGUCUAACCUCACGCCGGCGGAACGUUUGCAUGCCAACUUUUUGCUCUGUUCCGAUGUGAACGCAGCCUCGCGCACCGGUUGUCUGGUAAUGCUCAAGCGCGAACUGUCCGACGGCAUCCGGUUAAGCUUGCUCGACUGGCGCCGGGCAACGGACAAUGCCUGCGAGCGGGACCGCAUCGUCCGGCGGCUGCAGCUGCUAAAACAAGCGUAUCUGGGCACCCUGCGCUGUCUUAGUCAUUCCUGUGAUCUUACGCAGCUGGCGAACGAGCGGAAGCGGAUCUUCCAGCUGUGGACGGAGCCAAGCUGCAGCCGGCUGUUGUGAUCGUUUGCCGCGGAUCCGCCAAAUAGCGCCCGGGAAUGGGGGCGUUGGGAAAUAAGGCUGAUCAGUGUGAGGUUUUAUUGUUUAGCUUUCCGUUCAUUGUUGGUAUUGUUUAUUUUUUACUGUUUUAUCGUACUAGCACGCUUACACUAGGCAAACAACACAAAAAUUAUUGUGCACAGGUGGAUAUUGCAAUACCCUAGGGGGCUCCCCGAUCCGUUACGGUUAAGACAUUUUUGUGAAUUAUUUACUUAUUUAAAGUACCCUUAUGUCCCAAACUAGCUGCAGUGGAGCAGUAGUUUGAUGCUCACACUAGGUGAAAUAUUAUUUAAAAUGAAAAGGAAAUGAAUCCACUGGCAAUUGGAGACACAGCAUAGGAGAAGUAAAAGAGUAUUCGUUCGUUUCUACCGUAGCAAUAUGGCUUCCGUACAACCAACAAUUCUCCUCACGUGGUUUUGUGCCACUUUUUCCUUAAGUAUUCUCACAGUUAAAAUGAUAUUACACGCUGGGAACGUAGUUAAAAGGACGUACCGAUGUACGUGCCCGCCCAUGUCCUUACUUAUCCUCAAUAACAACAGGCAGCAGCAGCAGCAGGACACUAUUAGCCGCCCUUUCCACUGUAAAUAUAGUGCAAAACACAGUUUAAUUAGGCAAAAACAAAACAAGGCUAAACGUACGCAUUAUAAGGCUUGCGUUUUGAGGAAAGCGAAAGAAUGCAGCAGUUCGCUCUCCCUAUCGUGCUAGAACAGUCGGCUAGAACUUGAUAGGAACACAAAAACACACUCUCGCGGGAUACAAGGUAUCCGGCCGAUAGUUUAAUAAAGAGAAUGAUAAGAGGUCUUAUGAGCAUGAAAAAGUG